AAAUACCGUAAUGAAACCACCACCCUACCCGCCCCACGACAGCACUUCUACUACCGUGGGCUGGUUAUAAAAACGACACAUUUUGAUAAAGACACAUUUCAGUUAGCAGAACUGGACUGGACACUUAAUUUAUUUUACAUGAUUUUUUAAAAACUUUCAGUAAGGAAAUGGCGGGCAAUGAAAAUGUGACACUCACAAAGUAAGUUAAAUUUUACCAUAACAAGACGCAAUUGUUUUUUUUUUAUUUAUUUUUAUAAAUGCCAUUAAAUAAGUCGAACAAUUAUUUUUAAUGAAAAAUAAAAAUUCCCUUAUAUUAUAAUGUUUUCGUUGUAUUUAUGCAUUGGUGAGUUACAGUUACAAACUUGAAAUGUUGUAACUUACUAACUAUUGAAAAAAUAAAUGUUUGUGAUGAAAAAAGACAAACUCUUGAUCUCUGCACUACAGAAAAGCCCUACGAUAUUAAAUACAUAUUUUAGUUUUAGAUCAGGGGGUCCCCCAUGCCACGGCCCGCGAGCCAGAUCUGGCCCUUAGAGGUCGUUAGCCCGAUCCGCCUCGCACAACCAGUUACAAAAUGGAAUCGGGCAUUGAAUUAGUCAAAAGCAGGCUCAUGGUUGAAAUAGGCUACUAAUGUUAAUUGUUAUUAAAAUUGUUCUUAUUUUAAACACUGUAUUGGUUGGUUGUUGUUGUUGUUUUUUUUAAUAGGAUAUCCGAUAUGUGCAGAUUGCUUAAGAAUUCCUUCAUAUUUUUUUCAAGCUAUAGUCCCUCCCCCAACUAUGUCUGUGGGACAGUAAAACGACUCCUGUUCAACAUGUUUGGGGACCUUAGUUUUUAAAUGUGCAUAUUCAAUGAUAAACUAUGGCCUAGUUUAUAGCAGCGAUAAGGUUAAGUUGGAGGGUAAAUAUUAAGUCAUGAAUAGCGACAGUAAUUUUAAAACCUUCACGUGAGGAUGAUGCAUUAUUCUAUGUAUAUCUCGGCACACACGGGUCGGUAGUCGGUAUCAAACUCCGUUCAUACUUUCGAGAACUUGUGUCUCGCCACUUCGCUCUUUUGGCACUGUAUAAUUAUGAACUCUUUUUUUUCUUUUUGGCGCCUUGUUUGCUCCCAUUCUCAUGUCAAUGUUUAAGGGUUUGUUGGGUUUUUUUCUAUUUUGGUUCUGUAUAAUAUUUUAUUUCUUAAAUAUGUGUAGGUGCUCCACGCAUUCGCAAUGGUUAAAUUGUUUUAGAAAGAAGAGUAGUGCGAAGGGGGCUUUCCAGCCCGGGCGCCAACUUUAGAGGGCACCCAAAAUCUUAUAUUUUUUUUUUAAUGAAAAUUUCAGACUUUUUUCUUGCGACGACCCUGAUAAAUAACUUUCCCAAAUGGUUUCGAAACUAAAUCAAGUCAGUGACGUAGGCAAGGGGAGAGUUUAAGUGGUCAAACACACCAAGCCUAAUCUUAGACCAAAUUAAGGCAGGAAAAAAAGUUUUGUUUUUUUUAAUAUAAAGAGAAGGAGAAAAAAAUGCUGGGUCAUGUUAUCAAUUAUCAUGUAUGUUAGCAAAACCCUGUAGAACAAUAUUUUAUCCCAUUAAUAAAGCUUUCCGGCGUCAGCAGCAAUCCAGUGCUUAAAAUUAUGAUCAUUUACAAACUAAAUAAGAGCAGGCCAGGAUUAACCAUUUUCAUUUAGGGGCAGCCCAUAAAGUACCCGGUACGUCUCACCUCGGAAAAAAAGAGAGAGGGGGGGGGGCGGUGAAGUCUAAGAAAGUGUGACAGCUUGUGACAACUUGGGGGGGGGGCCUAAAGAUCUUAAGUUAUGUCAUACAUUUUUUUUUUAAAUGUCAUACUUUAAAGCCUGAAAUUGUCAGUGAUGUUGAACUUUGAACUUUCUGUUACGAUGGAUGUUUUCGGGCGGAUGGUGUCCCUUUUAUCAAUCCAAGAGUUAAGUGUGUUCAAGGUUAAGUUUUAUUUAUUUUUAUUUUUUUACUAUUUUUUUUAGGUCGAAAGUGUGACGUACUUUUUGGGGUAGGGGUCUGAGAUUUGUGACAGGGUGGAGGGAGGGGUAUAAAUUGUCAAAAAAUGGUGUGACGGUCCCUUAGCAAUGUAAACACGUGCUUAGCACGUAAGUAAAAAAGGGGCAACACGAAAACACGCAUUGAAUAAAAAAAUCUAGAAGUCUUAAACAAACAAAAAAUAGAUAAAUAGCUAAAUAAGUUAGAGUCCAAACAAUUUGAAAUAAUUCUGACUAAAUGAUGUGCCGCCUCAUGUCACCUUAUCAUCCAGUGCCGGCCUAAGAAAGUUUUGAGCUAUAGGCAAGAACAAAAAGUACCUUACCGCCUCUUAGUAAAUGUUAUUCAGUCCCCUAUUUUAACUAAUUGUUAUAAAAAUCUACAUUUUCCAUUAAUUUUUUAGUAAAACAUCUAAAUGGUGAAAAAGGUUUUUUUAUUAUAAUUUUUUUUAAACUGAACUAUGUUAAACUCAAAUUCUUAAGUUGACAAGUCUGUCAUAGUGUUCAGAGUAGGUUUGUUAUAUGUUAUCAAAUAGUUAUUAAAUAUUUAUUUGAAUAAAAAAUAUGCUUUUCUUGCUGACGCAGAAGCAAAAUCCUGAAUUAUUUCAGACAUAUCCAACUCUUCUGCCAUCGUUCUUUCUGUGGGUAUUGUAGCUAAACCAGCCAAACGAUCUUGGAAAGUGAUACAGCUGGUAGUGUGAUUGUUUAAACCCCCAUGAUUUUGACAUCAUCAACCCAUCUGCCACGCGAGAUCUUCUGACCUUUGCCCCGUGACAAUAACUGCGUUGCAAUUUACACCAAAAAUAGUCUUUCUGGAAUUCGAUGAUGUUUAUUCUACUUAUUGUAUUAUAUUUAUUAAUUGAGUUAAGGGUGUGGCGGAGGGUAACAUUCUUCGUCAACCCAUGGUAAGUAUCAAAGGAGUAAAGCCACGAUAUUUGCACGAAUUUGCGUCUUUCGUUUGUUUUGUUUUUUAAUCUAUGUUCUUGUGAUCCCCAGAGAGGCACCACCAAAUUAUACCAAGGAUAAACACGAACAAAGCACCGCCCCAUCAAUAGGCGCACCCCCCCUGAGACCCCCGCAGUCACUGUCGCUACCCCAUGCAGGUGUGCCUCCACCAUGCCCCUCGGGGCCCUCGCAACCACCUCACAGCAGCUACACCAUCACCACGAAUGCGUCCAACCCGAUGCGAACGGCAGGCAUUGGUGAAAAGUCCGUCGUGGAGGCAUAUCUUCUCGCCGUGUCCCCUCUGGGUGUCCUUGGCGCCCACCACUUCUAUCUCCAGAGGUACUACUGGGGGAUCCUUUACUUCUUCACAAUCGGUCUCAUGGGAUGUGGCUACAUCAUCGACUGGUUCCGCGUGCCUUGUCUGGUCAGGCAAGCAAACUCAAGAAGGUCGCGAAGUUCCGACAACUCAGAAGAACCUAAAACUGUCUCAGACGCCUACACACUGUGGUUUCCUUUCGGUCUGUUGGGAUUUCACCAAUACUACCUCGGCAAUUAUGCAUGGGGCGUGGUGUACACUUGCACUCUGGGAUUGUUCGGGAUAGGCUGGCUUGUCGAUGCUUUCCGUAUUCCCUAUUUGGUGAAGUCGGCAAAUGAAGAAAUGCUGCUUUCCCCCAGCGGUCGAGAGAAGCAACUCUGCGCAGCUUACGCCAUCGGCCUGACGCCUUUGGGAAUUCUGGGUGCUCACCAUUAUUAUCUUAACCGACCGAUCUGGGGCAUCGUCUACACAUUCACACUCGGUCUUAUGGGUCUUGGCUGGAUCUUUGACUGGAUCCGUAUGACCUGGCUUGUAUCGCGUGCUAACCAAGUCAUCAAGGGCCGCCGCGCCGACGACACCAGGACAGUGGACGACGCCUACAUCUUGUGGCUGACGUUUGGACUAAUCGGCUUCCAUCAUUUUUACCUCGGCCGGCCACUGUGGGGUCUUCUUUAUUUCUUCACCCUCGGUCUGCUGGGGAUGGGCUCGCUGAUAGACAUGUGCAGGAUCCCUUUCCUGGUGAAGCAGGUGAAUAAGGAAAAUGAAGAGAAACGUCGCAUCUUGACUAGUCAAUUAGAAGAAUUGAAAAGGCAGUCAUUGGGCCAAGGGACAUCAUUUCCGGUAACCGCGUACAUGCAAGGUACAAUAAGUGAGUGCAUUGUCAAAAUGCUUACAUGUUGUGAUUGUUCAUUGUUUAAACGAUUUUUUGCUAAUUUAAAGUUUCAUAAUUGUUUUAUGUAAUGAAAAGAAUUUUUAAAAACAAACUCAGCCCUCGAAUAUUUCGAAAAAAAUGUUGUUCCAUUUCAAUAAUCUCUGAAACUACAUAGUAUAUCCCGUGUACAGGUGUCACGUGAAGUGCAAUGAGUUUCAAAUUCUCCCUUAUUGUUAAUGUUAUUAAUCCCUAGUCCUAUGUAAUUGUAACACGGUGAUUUCACUAACCGUGUGCUCCAGUAAGAUAACGACGAUACAACUCAUACUUGUAUUCACAGGCUAUCAAAACUACGGCGUGGCCAACCCAGGAGCAUACACCCCAACCAACCCGCCCUUCCCAGGACCAGAGCCACUCCACCAUUAUCAGGGAGCAUACAACCCAAGCCCACAGGCACAGUUCCCACCUCAUGGACCGUUCAUGACUUAUCAACAGAGUGGCCAUGGCCCAAGUGGACCAGUCCCCGGGUACAGUGGCGAUGGCUUCUACCCGCCAGCCUACAACUAUUACAACCCUGGCAGCGUCCCCCAAACCUCCACCGCGGGCGAUGUCAAUCCGCCACCGUAUAUGCCCAGGGAACAGGAGGCGACCCAAGAUCCAGGGGCGUUGCCGGAAAAGCAUCAGAUUAAAUAAAAGUUUCACCGCAUAGAUCAAAUGGUCAUGAGGCUGUUGACUAACAAAGAUAUAUUCUUUGCUACAAACAAAAAAGGGAAGUCGUCCUUACCUGUCGUACCAGUACGAAAAUGAUUUGCAAAGCUAAACAUUUGUUAAAACAACAAAUUAUGGUUAUCUUGUUUAGGAAAUUAGAUGUUAUAAUUAAUUGUUAAAAUUUGGACAGCAUCAUACUUAAAAAAAGAUUCUUUCUUUCUGGUUUUAAUGGUGUGUUAUUCUGGUUCUAGGUUAUGGUACUGAAAAAUUUCCAGUCAACACCUAGAUAGACCCAUCAAUGACCAAUAUAAAUAGUCUGUAAAUAUUUCAGCAAAUAAAACAUACAGCCGAUGAGCAUAGAGAACAAAAAGAGUUGGAAAAUUCUUUUUUAUUACGGUACCUAUAGAAAACUCAUCUUUACUAUGAUUUUAGGAUCAGGAGAAAGAAAGUAAUUCAAUGCAUAAGUAUAAGUAGACCUGAAGAGUGCCUUAACCUUCUAAGAUACUUCACAGUUUUUAUUAAGUAGCCUCUCCCAUCCACCAUUUUAUUUAUUUACUAAAUUUUUUACCAUGAAUUAGCACUUGGGGGUGGGUGCAUGGGCGCCCGCAGGUAGGGGCAAGGUGGGGCACUUGCCCCCCCCCCCCCUGGAUUGAUUGGAUAAACAAUUUUUAGACAAAAAUAGACAAAUAAAUUAUUAAAGUUAAGAGAAAAUAAAGAGAAAGUAACUAAGCUGAUGUCCUGUCCGUUCGUUCACCAUACAAAUACGCUACAGUAAAUUAAAACUAUAUUAAAACAUUACUAAAAAUUUUUUGCCCCCCUUGGAAAGUUAAUCGACUUUUUUGCCCCCCCCCCCCACCCUAGAAAGUUUUCUGCGGGCGCCCAUGGGUGGGUGUGUGUGUGUAAUGUGGGUAGAACCGCUUGACAAUCCAGUGAUUAAACGACGACCCUCGGGGGUCCACUGAAAUGAGGGGGAGAACCUAGAAGGUUUUCUGCGGGCGCCCAUGGGUGGGUGUGUGUGUGUAAUGUGGGUAGCAUCAUUCAAAGGGUGGUUGCUGCAGUGAGAAUCAGAGGGUGGUUGCUGGAAUGAGAAAACUAAUUUUAAUGUAAGUGACCAUUAUUUAUGUGUCUUUAUCAGAGGGGGGACACACACUUUUUUAAAAAUAUGUAACUUAGUAUACAGUUUGUAAACCACUGAAUUAGUCUGUAAACAGAAAAUGAAAGUAGUAGAAUACAAUGUUUACUAAAAUCUCUUGAAAUGAUAAUUGAUAUUAGAUGUGUAUGUGUAAAUAUCUACUUCUUUAAAAUAAAGUUUUUGGAAAGUGUUUUCGAUUUACUAGUUUUAAAUACAAUUAUUUCCCAAAUUGUAUAAAUAAUGUAACAGUGACUGAUACGAAAUGUACAGCUAAAUGAUAAUUUUCAGUGACUCUUAUAAUUUAAGAUGAAAUAAGAGAAAAUGAGAAACGAAAAGCACUCUUUAAAGUAACAUCUUUUUAUGUCAAUCAAUAUCAAACAUGUAAGAAAUCCAAUGAAACCCAAAUGUAACCACAUUAUCCACAAAAAGUCUUUGCAUCAUUAAAAACUAAAACCUUUACAAAUCAAAAACAUAUUUGGACAAUUAUUAAUUCAUAUUCUCAUUCAUAACAACUAAUCAAUUAUAGUUUAUUAAAAAGCAAGAAAAGU